UAAAUUGAAGCAUAUAUAAUAUAUAUAUUAAUUUUGGGGAGAGAGAGAUGUGGGGUUGCAGUCCUUGCUGAUUAUUUCGAUAGUUUUGUUUUUGCAUACUCUGCCGACAGAAAACGAGGCCAUAAAGAGCGUUGGAUAGGUGGGAGGGACUUGUUUUUCUGUUCCGCUUCCUUCUUUCUUCUUCUUCUGGUAGUUCAGUAUCUUUUUGACUAUGGAUUUCUUCCCGAAUGUGUCAGUUUCCGCUGGCUUGCCCUCAGAGCUCCCGCCGGAGCAAGUUAUUUCGCCGGCCUGUCCUAAGCUUGGGGCCUUUUCUACUUCUCUGGAUGACCUUUUUUCUUGCGAGAAUACAGAAGGUGAUGUUAGCUUGGAAUGGCUGUCAAUCUUUGUAGAAGACUGUUUAUCCAGCACUGGGAACUGCGUACCACUACCCACAAAUAUCCAAGACCAAGAAAACCAAGCACCCAAACCCUCAAAAAAGAUCCACCAAACGCCAUGUCUACAAGAGUUUGUGAUUCCAGGCAAGGCCAGAAGCAAAAGAAAAAGGAGCACAACCACCCCUUUAAUUAGUUGGUCUCACCAAGACCCACAAAACCAACCUCUCCAUGUGACCUCCUCCGACCCUCCUUUACUCCACCAGACUUACUGGUUGGCCGACAGUGAGCUCAUUGUACCCAAAAAAGAGAACAGCAGCAGCAGCAGAAAUGAAGAAGAAAAAGCAGAGGAGAAGAUGGUGGGCAAGGACAGAACAGGCAGCUCGAGCAGCGUAGUGGAGGGUAGCAUUGGACAGCCCAGGAGGUGCACCCAUUGUCUAUCACAGAAGACCCCACAGUGGAGGGCAGGACCUUUGGGUCCCAAAACCCUGUGCAAUGCAUGUGGGGUGAGAUUCAAGUCGGGCAGGUUGCUUCCCGAGUAUAGGCCCGCCAAAAGCCCCACUUUUGUGAGCUAUAAGCACUCCAACUCUCACAAGAAAGUUCUGGAGAUGAGAAUGCUCUCUUCUGUUUCUAGUGAAUAGAAACUCUGAAUUUAUUCUACCCAUGUAGAGAAAAAAAGAAAGGAAGAAAGAAAAUGAGAAAAUCUGUAACUCUGUGUAGAGUCUACUUGAGGGAUUUUGCUAUAAUAUAUACAUAAUGUGGGUUCUUUUCAAUUUUGUAACUAGUGUUUAAAUGGAUCUGAGCUUCCUCUUUUAUUCUUUUGGGGGGAUUCUUUUCUAUUUUCUUUCUCUUUGCUAGUCGGGGAUGUUUGUUGAUAUUUCAUUCUUUGGUUGAUUUUUUAUUCUAUGUAAUAUUCAGAAAGGAAAGAAACAGUCCUACAUCUCAGAAUCGUUGUUUAUUCCACUCCACCAGUUAGAUUAAAAAGGGUUUGUUUGUUCA